GUUCACCCAGCAUCCCCCGCGCGCUUAACAUGGAGGACCUUACGGUGGAGGUUCGUAGCUCCAAUGGAGCUUAUUACAAGGGCUUUGUCAAAGAUGUUCAUGACGACUCUCUCUCCAUUUCAUUUGAAAAUAACUGGCAACCUGAAAGACAAGUCCCCUUCAGUGAUGUGCGGUUGCCACCUCCAGCUGAUGGCAAAAAGGAAAUCAGUGAAGGAGAAGAAGUGGAGAUAUACUCCAGAGCAAAUGAACAAGAGCCCUGCGGUUGGUGGCUUGCUAAAGUACGCAUGAUGAAAGGAGAUUUCUACGUGAUCGAGUAUGCUGCUUGUGACGCAACCUACAACGAAAUAGUUACGUUUGAACGUCUCCGCCCCGUGAACCGUAGUAAAGCUGUGACACAGAGCACAUUCUUUAAGUGCACUGUUCCUGUCCCCGAAGAUCUCAGAGCGGCAUGUGAGAAUGAACACGCCCACAAGGAUUUCAAGAAGGCUGUCGGGGCCAUUCGGAUUGUUUACAGCCCGGAGCAAAGCCAACUGAUUGUACUGUCCAUGAAUGAAGCCACUAUCAAGCGCGUCUCCCUGCUGAGCGACAUGCAUCUACGAAGCAUCCGCACAAAACUCUUGCUCAUGUCCAGGAACGAAGAGGCCACGAAACAUCUCGAGAGUACAAAGCAGCUGGCCUCAGCGUUUCAAGAGGAGUUCACUGUGAGAGGAGACCUCAUGGGUCUCGCCAUCGGAAGCCACGGCAGUAACAUCCAGCUGGCCAGGAAGGUGCCGGGAGUGACCGCCAUCGAACUGGACGAGGAGACGGGAACCUUCAGGAUUUACGGAGAGACUGUUGAGGCAGUACAGAAAGCAAGGAAUUAUCUGGAGUUUCUUGAAGAUUCUGUUCAGAUUCCUCGCAAUCUUGUUGGGAAGGUUAUUGGCAAAAAUGGUAAGGUUAUCCAGGAAAUUGUCGACAAAUCUGGUGUGGUACGAGUGCGAAUCGAAGGUGACAAUGACAACAAACUCCCCCGACAAGAGGGAAUGGUGCCGUUUACAUUUGUUGGAACGAAGGAGAGUAUUGGCAAUGUACAAGUCCUACUGGAAUACCAUAUUGCUUACCUAAACGAGGUGGAACAGCUGCGAAUGGAGCGGUUACAGAUUGACGAGCAGCUACGGCAGAUCGGGAUGGGUUACAGGCCAGCCCCGAACCGACCCGCCGACAAGGACAAGGGCUACCCCACUGACGAGACCGCAACAAACACCCUCCAUAUCAAUCGUUCGUACAGCGGCAGGGGUCGUGGCCGCCGGGGUCCUGGAUACACCUCUGGCUAUGGCACGAACUCGGAGCACUCGUACGCCUCUGAGACUGACACUGAGCACAAGGACGAGCUGAGUGACUGGUCUCUCGCAGGAGAGGAGCCAGAGCGUGCCCCCAGACAGCAGAGAGACAGCAGGAGGAGACCGGGAGAGGGGAGGGGGAGAGGACGUGGAGGUCCUGGGGGCCGAGGACGUGGCUCAGGACGAGGAGCGUCUAACUCUAUUAGCUCAGUUCUGAAAGAUCCCGAUGGAAACCCAUACAGUCUGUUAGGCAACACUGAGACAGAUCAGACUGCAGAUACAGACGCCAGCGAGUCUCAGAUGAACACCAUCCGCCGCAGACGCUCUCGCCGCCGCCGCACCGAUGAAGACUCUACAGUUAUGGACGGCAUGAGCGAGUCUGACAACACCUCGCUCAGUGAGAACGGGCUCGAUGAUGCUGAAGCUAAACAACAGCGCCGCAAUCGUAGUCGCCGCCGCCGUUUCCACCCUCCUGUGGAGAGGCAGCCAGUUACCGUGGCUGACUACAUAUCACGUGCUGAAUCUCAGAGCAGACAGAGAACCCCGAGAGAUCUGAGGAAGAACAAAAAGGAGAUGGGUCAAGUGGAGUUCAUAUCGGAGCAGAGCCCCACUGAAGCGGUGAGCAACGGCCCCAGCACCAAAGCAGACGAUCUGAACGAUACUUCAAGAACUUCCGCCGAGAAGGUGCCCAAAGCCAAGCAAGCCGUCGUCAACGGAGUCUCAUAAUCAGUUCGGUGUAUUUCUUGAGAACCCAUAACCUUUACAAUUUUACAA